AGUACGGCUAUCAUGAAAAUGUCAAUUUCUUAUCAGAAAUUUCGGUUCAUAUAUAAAGAAAAUGUCAAAUAAUAGAUCAGCAACGGUCUGGGUGACGAGAUGGUGUUACCGGAGUGGCCAUCGCGUUUCAUGACAUGAAACUACCCAUUAACUAGUAGACAUAUCGAAUUUUUUACCCUCGAUUUGUAACUGAGUAGCUUAGAUUAUUCUUCUCGAAACAAGCAGGAGGAGUCAUCUUGCGAUGGGAAGCACCUCAUCUAAAUUCAAAAAAUACCUGCAACAUGGAGAUGAGUAUGCUGCUAUGCAAAUUUAUCAAAAUUCACCUGAAUUGAAGAAAAACCUUGAUCCAAACCUCAGUUAUGGUGAAAACCAUAACCACAAUACUGCUCUACAUUACGCUGCCAAGCAUGGUAUGAAACACCUCCUGCGUGCAUUUCUCAACGAACUAGGUGGCAACCCCAAUAAGAAGAACGGUAUGAAUGAGACUGUCCUGCACACAGCAUGCCAACUGAAUCAAACAAAAAGCUUCAGCGCCCAAGAGAGGAGAGCGGCCUGUGUUCAAUUGUUAUUGUUCUGGAGAGGUGUUCCGUUGAACAAUGGAUCGAGAGAAAAAGUGGACCUGGCCACGCAAGACAAGGAAGGAAACACAGCUCUACAUUGGGCAGCACAAACUGGCCUCAAGAGAUGUGUUGAAUUACUUCUAACUCAUGGUGCCCCACUCUUCAUAGAAAAUAACGAUAAAUUAACACCGUGUGAUUUGGCUAUGAGAGGAUCACAUCAUGACAUAGCUAGGCUACUAGAAAGCAGGAUGGUUUUUUUGGUGAAUGAGGAUGAAAUCGUCAACGAACAAGAAGUGUACAGCGGACUGCGGAGUCAAGAUUUACAAGAAGCCAAGGACCAGCUUCUGGUGGAUACUUCCGAUAUGUUGAAAAUUCCUCUUUUCACCGCGGAGGCCCUAUUGAGAAACAAUGAAUGGUCUCGAGAGCUUUUACUGGAAAAGUGGAUGAGAGAUCCGGUGGAGUGUUGCCAAUUAGCGGGAGUUCAAGCACCUUCUUCUGUUCUGCAACACGCCUCCUCUAUCGAAUCGAGUAUUUCAGCGGAAACCAACGCCAUAGACGACACUGAAAUUCUGUGUGAAAUAUGUUUAUUCACCGCCUCGCAAUGGGAUCAACCCGUCAACAUGUCCUGCAAGCACAUUUUCUGCAAAUCUUGUUGGCAGAGUUACCUGACCACAAAAAUACAGGAUGGUGACGCACAUCACAUUCUGUGCCCUGCCUACCAGUGCCAUAUUCUUGUUCCAGUUGAGCUGAUAGAGAAAAUGGUGACUCCCGAAAUGGCUCGGAGGUAUCUACAAUUCGACAUCAAGGCCUUUGUGGAAAGUAAUAAAAGCAUCAAGUGGUGUCCAAUAGCUGGCUGUGGGAGGGCAGUGAGGCUUCCAGAAGCAGAACAAACGAUUGCAGACGGUGUAGGAGGUAGAAAUGUUAACAAGAAAACACUGCCGGUAACAUCACAUGCCGUCGAUUGUGGAAACGCACAUUUUUUCUGUUGGGAAUGCUUGGGAGAAGCCCACGCUCCGUGUGGUUGCAAACAAUGGCAGGAAUGGCAAAUAAAGAUCAACGAAGUUAAGCCUGAAGAACUGAAAGCUUCCUGUAGUGGUACUGAAGACGCAGCAAAUUGUCUUUGGUUGGUUACGAAUUCGAAACCUUGUCCCAACUGUAAAAGUCCCAUUCAGAAAAAUGAGGGCUGCAAUCACAUGAAGUGUUCGAAGUGUAAAUUUGACUUUUGUUGGGUCUGUCAAGAAUCAUGGAAAAGACACAGUUCUGCUACAGGUGGUUACUUUAGGUGUAAUAGAUUCGAAGCUGUGCAUAAAGCAGAUGAGAAACAAGGUUCCCUCAUAAUAGAGGCGAUGGACAGAAACAAUCAAAUGCAAGAGAUGUCUCGUUUUUUACAUUUUUAUACUAGAUUUCGGAAUCAUGAGAAUAGCCAAAAAUUAGAGGAACCACUUCUCACUGGCGUCAGGCAGAAAAUGGAGGUUUUGGCUACUAGUUUGGGAAUGAAAAAGGGUGAAGAUACUGGUGACAAAGGCACAAAAUUUAUUGAGGAUGGAGUGAGAGAGUUGCUGAAAGCUAGAAGAGUUCUUUGUGGUUCAUAUGUUUAUGGGUAUUAUCUGGAGGAUGAUGGAUACAACAAAUCCAUUUUCGAGUUCAUGCAGAAUGAAUUGGAAGAAGUUACUGAAAAAUUAAGUGAAAUGAUUGCUAGGCCAUAUUUACGUACACCCAAGGCUGUGAUAGUACAAACUUCUGCCCUAGCAAGAAGAAAAAGGCACGAGUUUGUUAGAGCUGUAGCUCAGGGCUUAAUCCCUCCCGAAACCCCACCUUUACAGAGAAAAAGAAAGAAAAGAUAUCUUGAUUCAGAUCUUUCUCAAACUUGCGCAUGGUUGAAAGACUGCGAAUGGCCUGAAUAUGACACUGACGAAGAGACUGACUUAAGCGUAACUCACAAGAGCGUUUCCCAUACACAUGUAUCACCAACGAAGGAACAUCAGUGCGGUCUACUCUGCAGCAGAAGUUGUGGACGUUCUGACUACAACAUGGAACUGAUCAUCGCCCUAGAAAUGUCUCGCCUUCAGAUGAUAGAAGACAGAAUGAAACAAGCUCAAUCCCAAACCCAAGGUAACAACGCCAUCACCCCAGACCCCAGUUCAAGCAUAUCUAACAACAGCAACGAGAGCACAGAUGACCAGUUGAAGCUUGCGAUUCAGCUAAGUUUGCAGGAAUCUACUGCUGCCAUCAGCAAGCAAAUGAAAAGCGAGGAAAAUAGGGGAAUGCAAAGGACAAACGCAGAGAUCACCGUGGAUUAUUUCCUGAAGUCUUUGGCCAAUCACAAGAUCGACUUGAAAUCGCUGGAUAGGUUGGGAAACGAGGGGGAGAAGGAGUUGUUCUUCAGGCCAUGUAGAGGAAAUGAGGAUGGUAGAUUUCAGAUAUCGGAUAUUCACGAGAAUGGAUUCGCUUUUGAAGAUAUGGAUGACUACGACACUGACGUUCGUCUUAAACGUUCUCAUUCGACGGGAGAUCUGUGUGUUCGAAGAAAUGGUAGAGGUACUAGAAUAAGGACGAAUGCCGACGAACCCAGAUACCAUCUAGAUUCUGACCACAGUAGUCAGCACGAUGACAAGCCGGAGGAUAUGGUAAGAAGAUUAUUAGCACUGCCCUCUACUUCUGUACGCACAAAACAAUUUCUGCUACUGCAUACUUCUUAUCCGGAGGAGGAAAGUUAUCAUGGUCAAAGUUCAGUGGAAGAUACGACUACAUCUGAUUCUAUGAAUGCUGACAUGGAAGUUUGUGGAAUAUUGAAUUCUAUAACGGAUGAAGACUUAGGUAGUAAGAGUUACGAUGAAGAAAUCAAAAAGACUGAACAAUCCGCCAAAAUCACCGAUUGCAAGAAACAAACACACAACCCUUUUGCCACCCUAAAAGCUAAAUUGUGUUCAGCGCACCUACCCAAAACUAGCUACUUAACAAAGAUUGCUGUGAAUAAAAGUCUAGGUCUCCUGGGCGAGAAUAAAUCCAAAAAAUGUUGUGGAAACAACGACAAGGAUUGUCGUGAGGAUAUUAAAGGAAACUUAGAAGAAGGAGAGUGUAGUACGAUGAGGAAAUAUGUAGUAGGAAGUGAAUGCAAGAGUGAGAAACAUAGUCCCAAGAAACAUCAGAAAAGCUGUAAAAGGAAUAGUUUCUCAAAGUCUACCGGAUUCCUUUUGGAGGAACAAAGAAAAGCCUGCAGAGGUCUUUCUUCAAAUUUGCGGAUCAAAAUAUGCAAGAGCCCUCCCAAAAAGACUGAACAAUCCGCCAAAAUCACCGAUUCCACCUCUGAUGAAAUCAUUAAAUAUUACAUUUCUCCAAAGUCAAAAAAAUCAUUCAGUCAUUCUUCCAGGUUUCCAAAAUCCUCAACAGAUGGCGCCCUCAGUUCUGUCCUUCACGUCCAACAAUCCAAUUUGAGUUCCGACGACUUCCAUGAAGCACUGUUCCUCCUUGAGAGAUCUCCGAAAACCAGGGACUCCAAACGGAGGAAGAAAUCGAAGAAAAAAGACAAAGAAGAGAAAAAAGAAGAUCAAAGUUCCAUUUUGUAAUACAAAAAGACUGUUAUAUCGUAAAACUUCUGUGAAAGCGAAUCGAAUAUGCGUCUAUGUGAUAAACUUUCGGUAAUAAUCAAGUGACCAAAAUUGAGGACUGCUGUUGAGUAGCUGUAAUAUCGGAAUACGCUUCUUCAAGAAAUCUUCAAUCAAAUUAGUUUUGAAAGCUGAGCUGAACUCAAAAAAUUGGUAGUAGUGGGUUAUUCACCCGAUUAUUUCCUUAAAACUGAUUAAAUAAUAUAAAACUUGAAAUUAACAUGUAGAAAUCAUUCUUGAAACAUACACUGCUCUCAGGGCCUAGUUAUGUAUCCCACAAUUUCAAUAACUGCCGCUGUCCUAAUCAGUUUGAAUCAAAUAUUAAAAUAUCCUUUUGACUAAAUGUCAAAAAUUUGCACGAAUGCUUCUACAGAAAUUCAAAUUAAUAUGAAAGUCAAAUGAAACUCAACAUACAACGAACAUAUAAAGAGUGUUUUUCAUAGAGGUAUUUAACUUUAAGUUGGCAACACUUUUAUAACUGGUGGCCAUUUUGUCAGCUGUCAAGUGACUUAUGUUAAGUUUGGUUUAGCAUUUCAAAUAGACUGACGCCUAAAGAACGCUUCCCAAUUGUACUAAUUUAGGUAUUUUGGAAAGCAUGACUGUACAAUGGCAAUUCGCAUCCAUAGAGAUGGCGUACAGUGCAUACAGAAAAAAGGCAUUACUGCUGCAUAGCGUAGCGAAACAGUCUAUCGUGCACAGGAAUUAGAUAUGUGGUCAUCUAUUUUAUGGAAAAUUUCUCGGAAAGAUCUUGGUUUGCGUGCUUACAAAAUCCAACUCGUGCAAGAAGUGAAGCCACACGAUCACCUAGCAAGGCGUAGAUUCCGUGAAUGGGUCCCAAACAAGGUUGCAGUUGAUCUCAAUUUUCAUAUACGAAUUUCGUUUAACGAUGAAGGUCACUUUUGUUUACAUGGAUACGUCAAUAAACAAAACUGACAUGUUUGAGGUUAUGAUAAUCCUCAAUUGUAUAGUGAGACACCGUUACAUCCAGAAAAACUGACUGUUUGGUGUGCUUUACGGACUGGUGGAAUCAUUGGUCCAUACUUUUUCAAAACCGAUGUUGGUCAUAACGUCACAGUCAAUGGUGACCGCUAUAGAGCCACGAUGUGCAGGAGCUGUGGUUUCAACAAGACGGCGCAACAUGUGACACAACUCGUGCAACAAUUGAUUUAUCGAAGGAAACGUUUGGUAGGCGCAUAGUGAAUUGGUCUCCAAGAUCGUGGGAUUCAACGCCGUUAGACUAUUUUCUGUGGAGAUAUGUGAAGUCGCUAGUCUACGCCGGUGAGCCCGAAACAAUUGACCACUUGGAGGACAAAAUUCUCCGCGUUAUUGCCGAAAUACGGCCACAAAUGUUGUAAAAAGUCAUCAAAAAUUGGACCUCCAGCCGUGACGAUUAUAUGCCAGAAG